AACGUUCCAUUCGUUCAUAUUUAUUCUGAACGCAUUUUUUCGCACUCUCAUUGAUUUCCUGGGCGGGCGUGGCUUAAUUCAUUCAUCCUUUUGCGACAUUUUCAUUCAUUCACUAUCAAUCCAUUUUUUCAUCGCACUCGUUGUGCAUUGUGAAAGUAGAAGUGAUUCAAGUGGUUAUAAUUAUAUUGAUUGAAUGCUGGGAGAGAGCUUUCUUCUUGCGAAACCGGUUUGAGAAAAGUAAUUCAUCAUGUCAGAGCCGCGGAAAAAUCAUCUCACCAUAGAUGGAGGACAGGUUAAGGAGGACGAGCACGUCGCCUCCUACAAAGCCAUACCAGAGACUGAUACAGAUUUCCGGACAUCCAAGACAAGUCUGCACAAGUCGAAGGAGAAGUUAUCAUCCGACGGCGCAGAAGAGAAACUCCUGCAAAAGGAAGAAGAGGCCAAGAUUGUCACCCGUGUCGAUAUGGUGGACGCCAAGUAUGCUGUCGGCGACCACAGGAAUGGGGACGCUAAGAUUGAGCUCGAUGCUAAUAAGCGGCAGUUUACUGGGCUCACGAAGGAGGAGCUGAUGAAGUACGCAGAGGAUCCGUUCUGGUCGCGCCUGCGUUGGUGUAUGUUCGUGCUGUUCUGGGCGCUGUGGCUGUGCAUGCUGGCCGGCGCCAUCAUCAUCAUAGUGCAAGCUCCCAAGUGCGCCCCGCCGCCGCCGCGCACCUGGUAUGAAAAGGGACCAUUAGUGGACAUGUCCACUGUGGAAGAUUACACCGAAGUAGAGAAAGAUCUCCCGCUGCUGCAGAAGGCGAAGGUUUUGGGUAUCUUCGCCUACUCCUGCAAGAACACCUACGACGUUUUGAAUGAGUCGCCACCAACCUGUCUCGAGCAAUUCAAGCAGUUUGCGGCUAAGGCGAAGACUUUCGGUGUUCAAGUGAUCGUCGAUCUGACAGCCAACUUCGUUUCGAAGAGCCACACCUGGUUCCAGCAGAGUGAGAACAAGUCCAGCAAUUUCAGCGACUACUUCAUCUGGGCCUCGAGUAACGAGUUCAACCCUGAUGUGCCCGGCGAACGCAAACCUCCCAACAACUGGGUGUCAACUUUGGACGCGCCCGCAUGGACUCUGAGCGAGAAGCGCCAAGAAUUCUACUUGCAUCAGUUCGGAGAAGAUCAGCCUGAUCUCAACUUUAGCAAGCGCGAGGUGGUACUGCUAUUUGACGACGUUAUCAAGACAUGGAUGCAAGCUGGCGCUGCUGGGAUCAGGCUUCACCACGCCCGCGAGUUGCUAGUAAACAGCUCUUUCCCGGAUGAGCUGCCGCUGACCGGGCACGGCAGCGUGCCGGGCGCCGUGCACACGCAGCACGCGUACUGGCAGCACCGCGCCACGCGCGACCAGGCCGCUCUAGACGGGCUGCUGGCUCACUGGGCGCAACAAGUGGCCACACACGCAACCGUCACUGAUGGAACGGUGUUCACGACAUUUGAAGAGAGUCGUCCGGAGCUGUUCAUGUCGAAACUCAACACCACCGCGCUGCGCCCGCCGUCCGCUGCCCCACUAGUGCUGCAGGACCCUGCUCAAGCGGAGAUGCUCCUCGAGGACCGAGUGAAGCGCUGGCCGGCAAUGCAGCUUCUGGCUGAGGAUGGAACAGACGAAGAGCUGGCGGCGUUCGCGAUGCUGUUGCCGGCGGCCCCCGUGUUACAGCCGCAACAAAUUAGGAGCAAAGACAACGAGACCAGUGUUAGCGAGAUUCUCUCUCACGUGGUGGCGCUCCGUGAGGACUCGAGCAUUCAACAUGGUUUGUAUGCGAUAAAGGCAGUUCCCGUGCACAACUCGACGGACACCAUGCUCGCUUGCGCCAGAUGGAAGUCAGGCCACACGGGCUACGUAUCGGUGUACAACGGCGGCGCGGACGAGGCGCGCGCCGACCUGUCCGCGCUCAGCUCGCUGCCGGACGACCUCACCAUCUACCGCGUGUCGCCCUCCAACCUCAAUUAUACCACCAACUCGGUCGCAAAAAGCAACAACGUGACGGUGGCACCCAAGUCCUCCGUCAUCCUCUCCUACGUGCCCAAGCAGGGCACAGAGCAGUAGUGUGGAGUUACUCGCUUGUGAGCUUCGACUGCCAUGUAAUGUGGUUGUUAGUAAUGUUUUAUUUGCAUUUACUUUUGUAACUUUCAAUGACAAAUAUAUUGCAUCGCUGAAUA